AUGAGCGAUCAAAUCAAAUUCAUUGUGGACAAUCUCAAUAAGGAGCCUUUUAGGAAGAACUAUAAUUUAAUAACAUUUGAUUCCCUGGAGCCAAUGCAACUAUUGCAAAUUCUCAAUGAUGUUCUGGCUGAGAUUGACCCAAAGCAAGUUGUUGAUAUCAGAGAGGAGAUGCCAGAGCAUACAGCCAAAAGGAUGUUGAGCCUUCUUGGUAUCCUUAAAUACAAACCUCCAGGAAAUGCUACAGACAUGAGUACCUUUCGUCAGGGUCUGGUGAUUGGAAGUAAACCUGUAAUUUACCCAGUGCUCCACUGGCUUCUUCAGAGGACUAAUGAACUGAAGAAAAGAGCAUAUUUAGCUCGUUUUUUAAUAAAACUUGAGGUACCAAGUGAGUUUCUUCAGGACGAAACAGUGGCUGAUACCAAUAAACAGUAUGAAGAGCUGAUGGAAGCCUUUAAAACUUUGCAUAAAGAAUGUGAGCAACUCAAGACAUCUGGAUUUUCUACAGCAGAAAUAAGAAGGGAUAUCAGUGCAAUGGAGGAUGAAAAGGAUCAGCUCAUUAAGAGAGUUGAACGUUUGAAGAAAAGGGUGGAGACAGUUCAGAAUCAUCAACGGAUGCUUAAAAUAGCAAGGCAACUUCGAGUUGAAAAAGAGAGAGAAGAAUUUCUUGCACAACAGAAACAGGAACAAAAGAAUCAGCUAUUUCAUGCGGUGCAGAGACUGCAAAGAGUACAAAAUCAGCUGAAAAGUAUGCGCCACACAGCAGCAGAUGCAAAGCCUGAAAGUUUAAUGAAGAGACUAGAGGAAGAGAUAAAGUUUAAUUCUUAUAUGGUAACUGAAAAAUUUCCUAAAGAAUUAGAGAGCAAGAAAAAAGAAUUGCAUUUUCUACAAAAAGUGGUUUCAGAGCCUGCCAUGGGCCAUUCUGAUCUUCUUGAACUAGAAUCUAACAUAAAUGAAAUAAACACACAGAUAAAUCAGCUGAUUGAAAAGAAAAUGAUGAGAAAUGAGCCAAUUGAAGGCAAACUCUCACUAUACAGGCAACAGGCAUCCAUCAUUUCUCGUAAAAAAGAAGCCAAAGCUGAGGAACUUCAGGAAGCGAAGGAGAAGUUAGCCAGCCUAGAGAGAGAGGUAUCAGUGAAGACAAAUCAGACCCGUGAAUUUGAUGGUACUGAAGUUUUGAAGGGAGAUGAGUUCAAACGAUAUGUCAGUAAACUUCGAAGCAAGAGUACAGUUUUCAAAAAGAAGCAUCAAAUAAUAGCUGAAUUUAAAGCUGAAUUCGGCCUCUUGCAGAGGACAGAAGAACUUCUUAAGCAACGGCAUGAAAAUAUUCAACAUCAACUGCGAACUAUUGAAGAGAAAAAGGGCAUAUCUGGAUAUAGUUACACUCAGGAAGAGCUGGAAAGGGUAUCUGCACUGAAGAGUGAAGUCGACGAAAUGAAAGGCCGAACGCUAGAUGACAUGUCUGAAAUGGUAAAAAAACUGAAUUCACUGGUGUCGGAAAAGAAGUCAGCUCUAGCCCCAGUUAUAAAAGAACUACGACAGUUGCGUCAGAAAUGUCAAGAACUAACCCAGGAGUGUGAUGAAAAGAAAUCCCAGUAUGAUAGCUGUGCAGCAGGCCUCGAAAGCAAUCGGUCCAAAUUAGAACAGGAAGUCAGAGGACUCCGUGAAGAAUGUCUUCAGGAAGAAAGUAGAUACCAUUACACAAAUUGUAUGAUUAAGAACCUAGAAGUACAACUUCGUCGUGCUACUGAUGAGAUGAAGGCUUAUGUUUCUUCUGAUCAACAAGAAAAAAGAAAGGCAAUUAGGCAACAGUAUACAAAAAAUAUUGCUGAACAGGAAAACCUUGGAAAGAAACUCCGAGAAAAACAAAAAGCUGUACGAGAAAGUCAUGGUCCAAAUAUGAAACAAGCGAAAAUGUGGCGUGAUUUUGAACAAUUGAUGGAAUGUAAGAAACAGUGCUUUCUGAAACAACAAAGCCAAACUUCCAUUGGUCAGGUCCAGGGAGUGUACCAGAAUGGUCUGAGAGCAUUGUUCAAAGGCUUGUGGAACUCAAACCGGAUCUUAAGAAAUUACAAAAUGCUUCACUUUCCUCUUUAG